AUGGCUGACACCGCUGCUCCGCCGCCUCCAGCUGUCCCCACUUCGGGGCUCCCGGCCGCCCCCGGCAGCAACCCCCUGUCCCGCAAGCUUAACAAGAUCCUGGAGACGCGCCUGGACAACGACAAGGAAAUGCUGGAAGCACUCAAGGCUCUCUCGACUUUUUUCGUUGAAAACAGUUUGCGCACCCGAAGAAACUUGCGUGGAGACAUUGAACGACGAAGCUUAGCCAUAAAUGAAGAAUUUGUCCACAUAUUCAAGCAAGUUAAAGAGGAGCUUGAGAGUAUAAACGAAGACGUGCAGGCAAUGAGCAGCUGCUGUGAAGAUAUGUCCAGUCGUUUGAAGGCAGCAAAGGAACAAACCCAAGACUUGAUAGUAAAAACCACGAAACUCCAGGCAGAAAAUCAGAGACUAGAAAUGAAAGCACAAAUUGCAGACGCAUUCAUAGCAAAAUUCCAGCUGACACCAGAUGAAAUGAACCUCCUUCGAGGCACGAAAGAUGAGCCAAUUACUGAGGAUUUUUUCAAGGCAUUGGGAAGAGUAAAGCAAAUUCAUGAUGAUGUCAAGAUUCUCCUCCGGACAAAUCAGCAAAGAGCAGGCUUGGAAAUUAUGGAACAGAUGGCUUUACUGCAAGAGACAUCUUAUGAACGGCUUUACAGAUGGACUCAAAAUGAAUGCAGAACUUUGACACAGGAAUCAUGUGACAUUUCUCCAGUUCUCGCUCAAGCCAUGGAAGCCUUACAAGAUAGACCUGUCCUGUAUAAGUACACGUUGGAUGAGUUUGGAACAGCUAGGAGGAGUGCUGUAGUCCGUGGCUUUAUAGAUGCUCUUACUAGAGGAGGUCUGGGAGGUACUCCCCGUCCUAUUGAAAUGCACUCCCACGAUCCUCUGAGGUACGUGGGAGAUAUGCUGGCCUGGUUGCAUCAAGCUACAGCUUCUGAAAAAGAACACCUGGAAGCUAUGUUAAAGCUUGUAACCAUUCAAGGUGUGGAAGAAAACAUUCAAGAAGUAGUUGGGCACAUCACAGAAGGUGUCUGCAGGCCUCUGAAGGUUAGAAUUGAGCAGGUGAUUGUGGCUGAGCCAGGAGCAGUUUUACUGUACAAGAUUUCUAAUCUUCUUAAAUUCUAUCACCAUACAAUCAGUGGUAUUGUAGGAAACAGUGCAGCCACACUGUUAACAACAAUCGAAGAAAUGCAUUUGUUGAGCAAGAAAAUAUUCUUCAAUAGCCUGAGUCUUCAUGCAAGUAAACUAAUGGACAAGGUUGAACUCCCACCUCCUGAUCUUGGCCCAAGCUCUGCACUAAAUCAGACACUUAACUUGCUGCGGGAGAUUCUGUCAUGUCAUGACUCAUCUGUUGUCCCACUGGAUGCCCGUCAAGCUGACUUUGUGCAGGUUUUGUCUUGUGUGCUAGAUCCAUUGUUACAGAUGUGUACUAUGUCUGCUAGUAAUUUGGGCACAGCUGAUAUGGCAACCUUCAUGGUAAAUUCCCUUUACAUGAUGAAGACUACUUUGGCUCUUUUUGAAUUCACUGACAAACGUCUAGAAAUGUUACAGUUUCAGAUUGAAGCUCAUUUAGAUACACUUAUAAAUGAACAAGCUUCCUACGUGUUAACAAGAGCUGGUCUGAGUUACAUCUAUAACUCUGUGCAGCAACACAAGCCAGAACAGGGUCCUCUUUCAAAUUUGCCAAGUAUGGAUUCUGUGUCCCUGAAGGUUGCAAUGGCUCAGUUUGAUCGAUACCUCUCUGCUCCAGAUAGUCUGUUAAUGUCCCAGCUGAACUUCCUUCUGAGUGCCACUGUGAAGGAGAGGAUAAUAAAACAGUCAACAGAGCUGGUCUGCCGAGCUUACAGUGAAUUAUAUGCAGCUGUGAUGGAUCCUUCAAAUGAAUAUAAGGAUCCAGAAACCAUACUACACAGAUCUCCUCAUCAAGUUCAGGCACUCCUUUCAUAGUCUUGCAUCCCUAAGAUUUAUCAGAAUCCAUAAUUAUGUAUUUGUUGAGUAUUUGGAUUGAGUUAUUUUGGUUUUGAGUUUGGAUGUGUAACUGU